GGGAGGAAACCUGUUUCAUCGAAUAGUAGAGUAGAGUCCCGGCCCGGCCGGAUUCACUGGAGAGUUUGCGUUCCGGCCGGUAGCCUGCCCGACCGCCUGCCUACUCCCCAACCAAACUGCUGCUACCGCUCCCCGCGGCCAUAAAUAACCUCCUCCCCUGCGCCCGCUCCUGCACGCCGCCCUCCUCCCUCCCUUCCGUCGCGCAUCACCGGAACCAACCUCGCCAUCGGCUAAUCCGUCCAGGUCCAGUUUUAGGAGUCGACCCAAGAACCAGAUGGGCAUCCUGUCCCUCAUCACCGGGAAGCCGGGCGCCAGCGGGUUCGGCUCGGGCUCCACGGCGGAGCAGGUCACCGAGGACAUCUGCGCCGCCGGCCUCACCGUCGUCGUCACAGGAGGAUCUAGUGGCAUUGGUCUAGAGACCUCGAGAGUCUUUGCCCUGAGAGGAGCCCAUGUCAUCAUUGCUGCGAGAAACACAGAGGCUGCAUCAGAGGCAAAGAAGCGCAUCAUGAAGAUACACCCAGUAGCCCGUAUCGAUGUUCUGAAGCUUGACCUUAGCUCCCUCAAGUCUGUCAGGGCCUUCGCUGACCAGUUCAACGCCAUGAAUCUUCCUCUAAACAUCUUGAUAAAUAAUGCAGGUGUGAUGUUCUGUCCUUUCCAACUGUCUGAAGACGAAGUGGAGAUGCAGUUUGCCACAAAUCAUCUUGGUCACUUCCUACUGACCAACCUUCUCCUUGAUAACAUGAAAACCACUGCCAAGUCCACGGGUAUUGAGGGUCGCAUUGUGAACUUGUCAUCAGUUGCCCACCUCCAUACAUAUCCAAAGGGGAUUCUGUUUGAUCAGCUCAAUGACAAGAAAAUAUACAAUGAUAAAAUGGCCUAUGGACAAUCUAAGCUUGCAAACAUACUGCACGCAAAAGAGCUCUCUAGGCGGCUCAAGGAGGAAGGAGCCAACAUCACAGUUAAUUGCGUUCAUCCUGGAUUGAUCAUGACCAAUUUGAUGAGGCAUUCCUUUGCUCUCAUGAAGGCAAUUCAACUUGUCACCUACUUGUUCUGGAAGAAUGUACCUCAGGGAGCAGCAACCACUUGUUAUGUAGGGCUCAACCCUCAGCUGAAGGGGGUGACAGGCAAAUACUUUGCCGACUGCAACGAGGAGAAGACGAGCGCGCACGCGAAGAGUGACGUCUUGGCGAAGCAACUCUGGGAAUUCAGCGAGGAGCUCAUCAGAUCCGUGAAAUGAGAGCUCGGGAAAAGGCGUCUUUCUUUCGGGAUGCUGUUGAGUUUAUGGUACAGAUGGUUGGUUAGCAAGUAGCAGCAGUACAAGCAGUAGCUACAAGUAGGAACCUGUCACUUGGCGAAGUGAACCAAUAUUGUUCACCAAUAAAUUUUCGUGCUUGUUUGGUGUCGUGGCUGUGGUCUAAUCGUGUUCCUGUUAAUAUAUUCGUGUCCAGUAUAUUUGUCGGGUCGUUUUGGAUUGGAUUAAUGGAUAUAGUUAAUCA